AAGCCUCCUAUCUCCCUGAUCUAUGUGUGCAUAUGAGAGGUGUGAUCUCCCGGCAGUUCAUCUGUAUUACGGCUUCACCUCUCCGAGAUAUAGGACAGUCUAAAUAUAGCCGCACAUACAAAGGGAAAAGGCCACCUUGUGUCCUCAGCAGCAGGACGCAGGAAGGGGAGACGCUUUAUUCCACAGAGUGCAGACCUGUUACACCGAGCCUCCUGCAAUCAAAGGGACUCAAUGCAAUGUAAACAGACCGAGCGUUUGUAGGCUCAGAAGGCGAGAGAAGAUAUUCGCUCUUCAUUCUGCCAGCGAGCAGGGCGCCACCUGUCUUUUAAUCCACAUUAUACUCCGCAGGAAUCAGAUACAGAAGCAGCGAGAGGGGGGAAACCUGAAAAAAGAGCCAACCUUGCCUGGCCAGGAGUUGCUGCUGGAUGGAAUAUGUCACCAUUAACAAGUGAUCACAUUGGAAAGCGCCCGCUCUCCCCUUUCGCAGCAGAGAUGGAUUAGCCCGGCGGGCCCCCUUGCCUUGUGCCUGGGCGCUUGGCAUUUUCAAUGAGCUCCAAACGGGUCCUAGUAGAGCAGCAGUUCCAUUCAGCGCGGGUAGACUGGAUCUCCCAUAUUAAGACUUUUCUGAUGAAUCUGUGUCCUAAUAAGGGAAAAGGCUGUUUAUUACCUGAGUCUGAUGAGAGCUGACACAUUCCUCUUCUUUUCUAAUGAAACGCUGUUUAGCGCCGGGGGAGCCUCACGUUGCUAAUCCCACUCCCCCCACUGCUGCUCUGGCUCUUACUAACAUCAAGCAGAAGGGAAAGCAAAGGAGGAGACGGGAGACAGCGCUUCUUGUUGGAAAGACCAUUUUUAACCUACCUGUUCUACUUUUUGUUUUGUUUUAACUAAGAAUUCAGCUUUGUAAGGAUAAAGAACAUACUGUGCUGAUGGAGUUUGCCUUUAAUAAAACUGGACCUGCAGAAUUCAGAUUUUACUGGAAAAAUUACUUUUAGAAUAAAAGUAUGAUUUUUUUUUCUUUUAAAUAAGAAUUUCUAUGUGUGAAACAAUGAUAUAUCACCAUCUGAACGGGCAUCUCUGUGGGUAACUUUUUUGCGCACAGUUGCCUCUGCUGAUCUCCAUUAGCAUUCAGUGUCAGAUGUGUGUUUAAUGAUUUCAUUUGCUGGUGUCCCUGUUAGCUCACAUAUAGACUCCCUCUCUUGCUUUCCAGCAGCCUCACUGGGGCUCAGAGAGAAGGACAGUCUCCUACUAUUGCUGUGCCUCUCGGGCUGGGUACCACUUCUUGGUCGAACCCUGGAUGUGAUGAGAGCCAGUGCUGUGGGCAGCAGAAUCCUGAGCAGUGGGAGGUGUGGCACCCCCUCUCUCUUUCCACUUUCCUCUGCUGAUCGCUAUCCAUGAUUGCUUCUGCUUUGAUUUUCUUCCCAUUUUAGUUGGGGAAAAGGGAGACAAUUCUUCCAGGCUUCAGCAACCUGCUACAUUUAUAUAAAUAUAUAUAUUUUGUUGCUGGAUUUUUUUUUUCAAGUGAUGCCUGCCUUUCUCCUGAAGAUGGUCAUGGUUUGAAGUCAAACUGGUUUUAAAAGUCAUUGAUCUGCCCACCAGACCUGGCGCCCUCAUGGCUUCUGGGGUUGCAGCAUGGCUGCCCUUUGCAAGGGCGGCAGCGAUUGGGUGGAUGCCAGUGGCCAACUGCCCUAUGCCAUUGGCCCCAGCUGACAAGAACAAAAGACAAGAUGAGGUGAUAAUUCUCAAUGUCAGUGGGCGUCGAUUCCAGACCUGGAGAACUACCUUAGAGAGGUACCCUGAUACACUACUGGGAAGCACUGAAAAGGAAUUCUUCUUUAAUGAGGAAACCAAGGAAUACUUCUUUGACCGUGAUCCUGAAGUCUUCAGGUGCAUCCUUAACUUUUACAGAACAGGCAAGCUGCAUUACCCCAGGUAUGAGUGCAUCUCUGCUUACGACGAAGAACUUGCUUUUUAUGGGAUAUUGCCUGAAAUCAUAGGGGACUGCUGCUAUGAAGAAUACAAAGACAGAAAAAGAGAAAAUGCAGAAAGGUUGAUGGAUGACAAUGAAUUUGAGAACAAUCAAGAAGCCAUGCCCUCACUUACUUUACGCCAGACAAUGUGGCGCGCCUUUGAAAAUCCCCAUACCAGCACUUUAGCCUUAGUCUUCUACUAUGUAACUGGCUUCUUUAUUGCAGUGUCGGUCAUCACCAAUGUUGUGGAAACUGUGCCCUGUGGCACCGUACCUGGAAAUAAGGAGCUUCCAUGUGGUGAAAGAUAUGAUGUAGCCUUCUUUUGCCUGGACACUGCAUGUGUAAUGAUUUUCACAGUUGAAUACCUUUUGAGACUUUUUGCAGCCCCAAGUCGCUACAGGUUCAUGAGAAGUGUCAUGAGCAUCAUUGAUGUAGUUGCCAUCAUGCCAUACUACAUUGGCUUGGUAAUGACCAACAAUGAGGAUGUGAGUGGUGCUUUCGUCACCUUGCGGGUAUUCCGGGUCUUCAGGAUUUUCAAGUUCUCUCGCCACUCCCAGGGCUUAAGGAUCCUUGGAUACACCCUAAAGAGUUGUGCCUCUGAACUGGGAUUCCUGCUCUUCUCUUUGACCAUGGCAAUCAUUAUCUUUGCCACUGUGAUGUUUUAUGCUGAGAAAGGGUCAUCAUCCAGCAAAUUCACAAGCAUCCCAGCUUCCUUUUGGUAUACUAUUGUUACCAUGACGACACUUGGAUAUGGGGACAUGGUUCCCAAGACUAUCGCAGGGAAAAUCUUUGGUUCCAUUUGUUCACUGAGUGGUGUGCUGGUCAUUGCACUGCCUGUCCCUGUAAUUGUGUCAAACUUCAGCCGGAUUUACCACCAGAACCAGCGUGCUGAUAAAAGACGAGCACAAAAGAAAGCAAGACUUGCAAGAAUUAGGGUGGCUAAGACCGGAAGUUCCACAGCCUACCUUCACAGCAAGAGGAAUGGUCUUCUUAAUGAAGCUUUGGAACUAAUGGGAUCCACAGAAGAGCCACACAUUGGCAAAUCAGCAUCACUGAUAGAAAGCCAACACCACCACCUGCUGCAUUGCCUGGAAAAAACAACUAACCAUGAAUUUAUGGAUGAGCAGAUGUUUGAACAGAACUGCAGGGAGAGCUCCAUGCAAAACUACCCAUCUAGUCGCAGCCCAUCCCUAUCCAGUAACCAUGGGCUCACCACCUCCUGCUGUUCCAGACGCAACAAAAAGACCACCCACCUCCCUAACUCCAAUGUGCCGGCAACAAGGUUGCGCAGCAUGCAGGAACUCAGCACUAUUCACAUACAGUGCAGUGACCAACCAUCUUUAACAGCUAGCCGUUCCAGUCUGAAUCUGAAGUCAGAUGAUGAGUUAAGAUCAAACUGCAAAGCUUCGCAGAUAACUACAGCAAUUAUUAGCAUCCCUACACCUCCAGCUCUGAGCCCUGAAGGGGAAACCCGACCUGGCAGCCCACCUGGACGCUCAACAAACAUUCACAGUACAAGCAACAUUGUGAAAGUAUCCGCCUUGUAAAACACUUAGUGGCGAACCGAGGCUGCCGUCCUGCUUUUCUUUUUCGCUGCAAAACCGUGGAAUUAGCAGUGAAAAAGUGACAAGCUUCCGCUAAACUUGCCAUUUACCAUCAUGGAAGGAGAGAAAAGUCUGUGCAACGGAAGUAUACAUACAUUCCUAUCUCCAUGCAUAUGGAUGUAUGUAUAUGGUGGAAGCCCUCUGCUAGGAAGUUUUAUGGCAAGUAGAGGAGUUAACACAAAGCAAAUUGACAACACUGUGUUUAAACACCUUUUUUUAAGGUUUUCAGUGGAUAAUAUUUAUUCAUAAAGAAAUAAUGUAAAAAAAAUUACAAAAAUGGUUUAAAAAGGAGGGAGGGUAUUGACCAGGAGUCAUUUUUGCAAGUUGAGCAUUGAAAACAGGGAAGGGAAAAUUGUUAUUUUGUUGUUUUUUGUUUAUUCGAAAAGAAUCAGCAAGCAAUCAACAUUUUUGUGUCUGUAACAGUCGGACAGAGGGGGUUGUGAUAUGUUUUAAGAAAUUCAGAUUUUCCUGUGUAUUUUGUGAGUUUGGAUAUGGAACUGUUCAGUGAACAGAAUAGCUCCUAGCACAUAUCUGACCCAGCACAUUGUAGAAGCGAGCACACAAACACAAUCUUCCCUCGCUGGUGAUCUUAAUUCCUAGAUAUUUUGUUAUAGCCUUACAAGUCCAACCAGUGCAGAUUGUGAUGUUGUUGGGUAAUUUGUCUGUGAAAAAGCUUAAUUGUGAAGCA